AUCACCAGCACAAUACCGGCAGCCAGCAAACACUCAACAAAAUACCUUGCAAAGUACCGGAUUGAGAUCUGUGAGAAACCGGUGUCGCUACAGCAUAACCGAUUCCGAGGUCAGGUGCCAGCAUAUCCGUUCCGGGUUGCCCUGUCCCCGCUGCAAACCAAACUGCAAAAGACAUAAAACAAGUCACCAGCCUGGAAAUCGAACAGAUGGGGUUGCAUGGUUGAUGCAGACAACCACGAAGAGCGGGGGACAACCGACAUGCGAGACCGGCCAUGGCCUCCGGCUUUUCCGACCUUGUCGAUUUGACAGUGGAGACGUCAUCCGACGAAGGUCUAACCGCAGACGACGUCGUUGUUGUCACCGCUGCCCGGCUGGUCCAAGUCAACCGCGAAAAUGACAGCGCUGCCGUCGCUUUUCCGGCUUCCAUACCGGCCAUGAAGCUCCUGUCACGAAAUUCCGACGUUACGACACGACCGAGUAGGGCACCGAGCCACGCAUCUACGUUGCGCAAACAUUCCCCUGAGAGGUUGCCUGGAAGAACCUCGGCGCAUGCCCGCGAUGGUAUCCCUUCCCAUGCCCCGCGCUUUUCCGCCCGAGAGGAAAUCAGGGACUCGCAAUCUCCUCCGCCCAGCAUUAAGUCCCCCGCCCGCCCGCGACAACCUACCCCGCAGCCAUCAGCUCGCCCGUCCAGAGGCCACCAGACGCCCAGGAGAAUGGACUGGACCGUCGACAAGAUAGCCAGCGCCCUGGCCGACCUCUCCGAGGAGGUCGGCGAAGGCCAUGCCCGGCUCGUCAACUUCGUGCUCGAAGAGGCCGACAAGAUGGCGCGGCAGCCCAGGCAUCUCAGCACGGUUGACACGUUUGCCAGCAUGUCGUCGAUUGCCAUUGACACCAGCAAUACGUUACCGCCGGACGUGGAGACCAUGGCUGUUAAGUUUAAGCAACACAGCGGAGAGUAUGGCAAGUCAAAAGGCAACGGGCGCCGGGCUGAAUACCCCGUGACCUGCAUCAAGCCAGACAGGGAGCCCGUACCGAAGUACAGAUUCCACCACGUGGAGAUCCGCAAGAACAUCCUCGCUCCUAACUCGAUGCUGAAUUUUGUACCUCAUCUCCGCGACGUCGACCCCAAUUCGGAGGAGGAGCAAAAGUACGCUGCGUGGCUUAGGGAUCUCGAGAACCUCGACAGCAAGUCCGGCUUCCAGAUCCAGAACCGGACCCAGAAGAUGGCCAAGAGGGCACAGAACGAAUACGCAGCCACCCUCGCCCCAUACCUGGAGCCGUGGCUUCGCAAACUGGCCAUUGAUGGCUGCACAAAAUCCACCUUGAUCCGCUACAUGGCGAACCAGCCGCAGAACGAAGACGCCAUCACUCCACAGCAAAAGUCCAACUUGCUCGACACGCACACCGAGAACAUUGGCACGCCUCACGCCGCAAGGGGAGCGCAGCUAUUUACAGAAGCCUUCGACCGCGUCUUCAACAACAACCGGAACCUGCGCCGCGUAGCCUUGCGCAAUAUCCUGAUGCUCGACAGGUCCGUCGAGCCCAUCCUGGACAACAAGCGAGCCAAGGACGGCCCCGGCUCCCAAAGACCUCGCGAUGAAGCGCUCAUGCAAAAGAUUGUGGAGGCUCUGGGAAGCUACUCAACCCUAGGAUGUCUGAUCUGCUUCAGCCAUGACUGCGAGCACGGCGAGAUCGAGCGGGAUAACCAGAAACGGUGCUUCUCGCUUGAAGAAAUAGGAGGCCUCGCGCCAACCCUCAGGAGAAAGUGGGCAGCGCAGGUCGAGGCCCAGAAAGACGGCCUGCUGAACGGCACAGCCCGUAGGCCAUCGCACCAGCCUUGCAGGAACCAGUGCUACCGGAGCUACAACACCGGCGAUCCUCAUCGAGAUGUUGAGCCUUGGACUGAGAACGAGAUAAGCGUGCUUGAGUGGGUAUUCGCGACUAUCGGCUACAGCCCGUCACUGAAAGCUCAGUGCUUUGUCGGUGCCGUGCUGGGCCGCUAUUGCUGGGAUGUCCACCGCAAGCUACAGGAGUUGGAUUUGUCGCUGCCACCUGUUGAGCCAUGCUCCGAGCCGCCCAAGCCCAAGGCGAUACCCUGGUAUGACCGCAAGAAGAAGCAGCUGUUGGGUGACUGGCAAGACGCGACCAUCACGCACGAGCACGCAGUGCGCGAACUCUUUGCGCCAUGCCAUCAUGACGGCCCUUGUACCGCGGCCAACGGGUGCCCUUGCGCUUCAGGAGGUUCUCACCCAGUGCUCUGCGAGCGCUUCUGUCUGUGCACGGCUGAGGAGUGUGCUCUCAAGUUCACCGGAUGCGCCUGCCACUCCUCUGGGAAGACAUGUCUCCAGCGGCAGAAGGAAGGGAAGCCAUGCAUCUGUGUGCAACUCAACCGGGAGUGCGACCCUGUGCUCUGCAGAGGGUGCGGUGCCAAGGAGAGGGCCGACCCGGACAACGCAUACGACGAGCAACUGCAUUCGACCGGGUGUCAGAACGUCGCCUUGCAGCGCGGAGCCCCCAAGGCGGUCCUGCUCGGCAAGUCGCAGCUUGAGGCAUGUGGCUAUGGCCUGUUCGCCGCCGAAGACAUCGCCCAAGACGAAUUCGUCAUCGAAUACACCGGCGAGCUUAUCAGCCACGACGAGGGCGUACGACGCGAGAACCGUCGGGGCGACGUCUUUGACGAGCAGAAUAAGGUCUCGUACUUGUUCACCUUGCUGGAACAGGAGGGCAUCUGGGUUGAUGCUGCCAUGUACGGCAAUCUCAGCCGGUACAUCAAUCACGCGUCCGACAGUUGCAACAUCAUGCCCCGAAUUAUGUACGUCAACCAUGAGUUUCGCAUCAAGUUCAUCGCGCUCCGCGACAUCAAAGCCGGAGAGGAGCUUUUCUUCAAUUACGGCGACAAUUUCCCCAACCUCACCAAAAAGCUCGUCGAGCGCAAUAACGAGAAGGCGGGAGAUAACAACAGUUCUGCUGGACAAAGGCGCAAGAGCAGCGGGCAGCGUCCCACUGCCCGCAAGACCACGUCCAAGGCGGAGGGCGAGGUCAUCGAUCACGGCCUCAGUGGACGCGACGAUGACGACGACAACUGGCUCGGCGAUAUACCCGCGAUAGAUGACGACGACGUAGGCGACGAAUGGGGCCACCCCACACAACGCCGCAAGAAGCGCGGCGGCAGACGACCAGGAGCAGGCCGCAAAAGGAAGUCGCACCAGCCGCCCGUCCCGGCGGAUACCCGGGACGAGGUGAGCCCUGGGUCGCAACUACGCAACGAGAGCAGCGGCGUCCAAGGCGAGAGGACCAAUUCUGACACGCCUAGCCGGCCCAAUCGCCCUCAUCGGUCCUCGAUCAAGCCCUCUUAUACAGCUUUGCUAAACCCGAAACAACAAGGCGUCGCUGGCUCCGGAUCAGGUUCCAGUGCCCCGGCAGAGCCCAUCAAAAAACCCUCUAAGCGAGGCGGUGCCCGACCCGGCGCAGGCCGGAAACCGAAGCAUCGACCACACGCACAGGGGGCAAUGCCGGGGCACCCAACCUCCUUGGCCCACCGCCCCAGCCAAGGCAGUAUCAGCAGCCUCAACAAUGACACGGAUAAAUCUACCCCAAAGAAGGGUGGUCAGACCGUCGUCACGGGGUCAACCCCAAAAGGGUCAACACCGAAGAGACCAGAGAGAGCCGCCACCACGACCAUGUCCACGCCAAGACGCGAAUCACACCGCAACAAGACUCCCGUGCGCUCGAGCGGCGGCGGCGGCGGCGGCACAGGAAGAAAGCGCCGACACACCGAGGUCGGGGCGGGAGAUUCCCGGAUCGACAGCCAGCGCAAUAACACCUCGGGCCUGUACCGUCAAGACACCUUCCAGCCGAUCGACGACUCGGCCUCAGCAGCCGGGAGUCGGGGAAGCAGAGGCAGCAGAGGCGGCAGCAGCCGGGGACAUAGGGGAGGCUCGUUGGAUGACGACGACGAUGACGUGGUCGACCGGUCGGCUAGGAAGAGACAGAAGCCGUGGCGGUAUCGGGACGAGGAGGAGUAGGCCUUCUGACUCGUCCGUCACUUGCGCACGGUGUGGCUGGGCUGUCGACGUUCGUCGGGCGGGUGGCGAGAGAUUUAUUCGAGGCUACCUCCAGCCUGUUAAUGGCAUCACAAUUGUAUUUGAUAGAAGCUUUGGAGGAUGGAAGGGCUUGGAAUCUAUUCGGCGUUACUCAAUACCGAUUUCAGAGGGCGCACGGUGCAAGGGUUACGGAAGUUCCUGAGCAAUAUGAGUAUUAUCCGAUUCAUUUGCUGCCUCUAGUCUUCUCCAGCCUUCUCCCUAUUUGCCAUCUAGUUAACUUCUUGAUACAUCCCAAAGCUCCAUCCCAACUCCGCCAACCAUCAGCUUGCCAGGGGCAAUGAGCUCCAAAUCCCCCGCGUCAGCCACCGAGCUGUAUCGAUUAUCCACCAAAGCAACCCGGAUCCCGCCCCCGACACUUCGCUCAACCCGCCAGAGCUUGACCCGCUGAUCGUUGCUCACCGUGGCAACUUCUGUGAC